GUUCCUAUUUGAAUGCUUUGGAAAAUCACAACGGCCUCCAAGAGCUCAUCGCUAAAUCAGAUAUUGCCGUUUCUAUCCUUCCGGCUAAUAUGCAUCACGUCGUUGCUAAAGCUUGCAUCGAUCAGAAAAUCAACAUGGUCACCGCCAGUUACGUUUCGGACGCAAUGAAAGAAUUGCAUAAUGAAGCAGUUGAAGCUGGAGUCACCAUCCUCAAUGAAAUCGGUUUGGACCCUGGCAUCGAUCAUCUCUUAGCUCUGGAAUGCAUUGAUGAUGUUAAGGCUAUGGGCGGUAGAGUGACGUCCUUCGAAUCCUUCUGCGGCGGUCUCCCAGCACCGGAAUUCAGCGACAACCCUCUCAGAUACAAAUUCUCUUGGUCACCAAGAGGUGCUUUGCUAAACACCCUCUCAUCCGCUAGAUAUUUGCGUAAAGGACAAGUCGUGGAAAUUAGUGAAGGCGGUGAGCUGAUGGCUGCUACUAAGUCAUUAGAUUUCCUACCUGGCUUCAGCUUGGAAGGUUUCCCCAACAGAGACAGCACAGCGUACACCAAUUACUACGGUAUCCCAGACGCUUUGACCGUUCUUCGUGGAACCAUCCGUUACACCGGUUUCGCUGAGGCCGCGAGAACGUUGCAGCUUCUCGGAUUAUUGGACCCCAAACCGCAUCCAUACUUGCACACCCAAGGACCAGAUAUGACGUGGAGAGGACUGAUCUGCCAAAUUCUGGGAUUCGAAGACACCACCAUUUUGCCUGAGAACUUGAAGCAGAAGAUCACCGAACGCACCGGCAGCGAAUUCGCCGUCGAACUUUUGGAAGAACUCGAGCUUCUCAGCGACGAAAAGGUUGCUAAAUACGGAACACCACUUGACACCUUGACACAAUAUUUGGCCAACAAAUUGGCAUUGGGACCGCAAGAAAGGGAUCUUGUAAUCUUGAGGCACGACAUUGGUAUUAUGUGGCCGGACAACAGGAAGGAAGUCAGAGGAGUAAACUUUGUAGUCUACGGUGACGCUGAAGGACAUUCCGCAAUGGCAAAGACCGUUGGUUUCCCCGCAGCCAUCGCUACCAAAAUGAUCCUCGAUGGUGAGAUUCAACACAAAGGUAUCAUUCUUCCAUUUACUUCCGACAUAUACAGGCCAAUUUUGUCCAGGUUGAGGAACGAAGGACUCAACAGCACUGAAACUUCCAAAUUUUUCUAAAAAGUUAAUUUAAUUAUAUUUUCUAAGAAAUACGCUUUUUAAAUAAUAAAG